AAUGCUGGGCUUCCAGAUCUAACGUUCGUUCGGGGCGUGGGAGAAGGCCCCAUCUCGGGGCUGGGCUGGGCCGGGCUGAGAAGAGCUGCUCCCUCGGGGGUCCCACCGGGAGAGGUGUUGUGUUAAUGCGCAAAAAUGGCCAACACCACACAGAUAUCCAAAGAUGAGCUAGAGGAACUCAGGGAGGCCUUUUCCAAAGUUGAUCUCAACAGCAACGGUUUCAUCUGUGAUUAUGAGCUGCACGAACUCUUCAAGGAAGCCAAUCUUCCCCUCCCGGGAUACAAAGUCCGAGAGAUCAUCCAGAAGCUCAUGAUCGAGGGAGACAAGAACAAAGAUGGAAAGAUCAGCUUUGAAGAGUUUGUUUACAUCUUCCAAGAAGUGAAAAGCAGCGAUGUGGCCAAGACCUUCCGCAAAGCCAUCAAUCGGAAGGAAGGCAUCUGCGCCAUCGGGGGCACUUCGGAGUUGUCCAGCGAAGGCACCCAACACUCAUACUCAGAGGAGGAGAAAUACGCCUUUGUGAACUGGAUCAACAAAGCUUUGGAAAAUGACCAGGAUUGCAAGCAUGUCAUUCCCAUGAACCCAAACACAGAUGACCUCUUCAAAGCCGUCGGGGACGGGAUCGUCUUGUGUAAAAUGAUCAACCUCUCCGUCCCUGACACCAUUGAUGAACGAGCCAUCAACAAGAAGAAACUUACCCCAUUCAUAAUUCAGGAAAAUCUGAAUCUGGCUCUGAAUUCUGCUUCCGCCAUUGGGUGCCACGUGGUCAACAUUGGAGCAGAGGAUUUAAGGGAAGGAAAGCCCCAUCUGGUCCUUGGCCUUCUCUGGCAGAUUAUCAAGAUUGGCUUGUUUGCCGAUAUUGAACUCAGCAAAAAUGAAGCAUUGGCUGCCUUGCUGUGUGAUGGGGAGACUUUGGAGGACCUGAUGAAGCUGUCCCCAGAAGAGCUUCUCCUGCGAUGGGCCAACUACCACCUGGAGAGCGCCGGGUGGCACAAGAUCAAUAACUUCAGCUCUGAGAUAAAGGACUCCAGAGCCUACUUCCAUCUCCUCAACCAAAUUUCCCCCAAAGGACAAAAGGAAGGAGAACCACAAAUCAACAUCAACAUGUCAGGCUUCAAUGAGAAAGAUGACCUCAAGAGGGCCGAGUGCAUGCUCCAGCAAGCAGAUAGACUGGGCUGUCGGCAGUUUGUUACCCCGGCAGAUGUUGUGAGCGGCAACCCCAAGCUGAAUUUGGCCUUCGUGGCCAACUUGUUCAACAAGUACCCAGCCCUCACCAAACCUGAAAAUCAAGAUAUUGACUGGACAUUGCUAGAAGGUGAAACCCGUGAAGAACGGACGUUCCGCAACUGGAUGAACUCUCUUGGUGUAAACCCUCAUGUCAAUCAUCUCUACAUUGACAUGCAAGACGCCCUGGUGAUUUUACAGCUCUAUGAGAAGAUCAAAGUCCCUGUUGACUGGAACAAAGUCAACAGACCUCCAUACCCGAAACUUGGGGCAAACAUGAAGAAGCUGGAAAACUGCAACUAUGCAGUCGAUCUCGGAAAGCAUCCAGCCAAGUUUUCAUUGGUUGGUAUCGGCGGCCAGGAUCUUAACGAUGGGAACCCGACCCUCACCCUGGCUGUAGUCUGGCAGCUGAUGAGCAGAUACACUCUGAAUGUUUUGGAGAACCUCGGAGAUGGUCAGAAAGUCAACGAUGACAUCAUUGUAAAUUGGGUGAACACGACUUUAAAAGAAGCUGGGAAAUCAAGUUCUAUCCAGAGCUUUAAGGACAAAAGUAUCAGCAGCAGCCUGGCCGUGGUGGAUUUAAUCGACGCUAUUCAACCCGGCUGCAUAAAUUACGACCUUGUGAAGACAGGCGAUCUCUCCGAGGAAGACAAACACAGCAAUGCCACAUACGCCGUCUCCAUGGCCAGGAGGAUCGGUGCCCGCGUCUAUGCCCUGCCAGAUGACGUGGUCGAGGUGAAACCCAAGAUGGUGAUGACUGUGUUUGCCUGCCUGAUGGGCCGAGGGCUGAAGCGUGUUUAAGGAGCAAAGACCCCCCCCCGCCUGCCCCCCCCCCCUCCCCAGCGCAGAUGCCCGACUGAAGUGCUCUGCUCCGCUUCCAGAACGGUGGACUCUCUUUGGCUGAAGGACCCUCCGUUGGGCUUGGCAACCCAGACCAGGAGAAGCCUCGGAGAGGGGACGGGAACCAAUCUAGCCACCUCCCUCCCUCCCUCUUUUUCUCCCUCCUUCCCUUCCUCAGAAAAUUCAAGGUUGCAUCUCCUCAAGUGCCCAAGGGAACAAUCCGCACUCAUGCCGGUGGCCGGCACACCGACCAAAGCUUUCUUUCCUCCUCCAGAGGGGCCGUUUUUGGGAGAGUUGUCGGUCAUGGGGUUGGCCUUAAAGCUCCCGCCUGACUCUCCUGUCCUGAAAGGAAGAAGGAAAGAAAAGAAAGUUUCCUUUAAAAAAAAAAUAAUAAUAGAAGUUUCUAGUGGUCCAAAGGUUUUGAGAUGGGCUUGAUUUUUUUCUUUCUCUUUUUAAUUUAACCUGCUGUUCGGUCAUGGGUGCAAAUGCAGAAACAUUUUAAAGCCACCCCUUUAAAGGAAACAAAACCUAAAAACCACUUAGCAGAAAUCAUGCAAAGUUAGGCAAGAAGGCAUAAAGGCUUUUUAAAAAAAACUUACAUAAUUUAUCCGGUUGUGGAAGCUAAUUUGGCACACUCCGUUCUUCACGAUUUAGUCACAGAGGAGGAGGAGGAGUUGUGCCACUGAAAGUCUUAGGAGACCCCCUCUGGCUUCUGAGACUCCCAACUGUCUCUCACUUUCAGUCCACCUCCUGAAGGACUAGAAACUUGGUUUGGUUUUGAUUUCAGUGUGUGAGUUUCCCAUUUGGGGAAGCAGGAUUUGGUGCCCCGCUGCCCCUUGUGGUGCUCUGGCACCUGGCCGGGUUCAAGUGGGCGAAGCUUGAGCAGCUGCCAAGCUCAGUCUUCCUGCAGCCUUCUGAAAUCCUGGUGCUGCCUUCAUUUGCCUUCACAGCACAACACAAGUGUUGUCGCUUCCCUUUUCCGACAAAAGCACAACACGCUUUCCUUUGUGCGAGGUUUUUUAUUUCCACGUUACUCAUUUUUAUGCGAGGUACCGCCUCCAAAGGUUACCGCCUUGCCUGAGCUUAAUUGAGCCCAGAGAACUGAAUUGAUGCAAUUUUUAUGUGUUUUCUUUUGUAUUUUGCCUGGACAUAUUUUUUUUAAGUUUUGUUGUUUUUUUUCCAAAAACUGCAUGGAAACCAAUUUUUUUUUUAAAAAAAAUAAGGUAUUUAAGUUGACAUGAGCUGUUUGUUACAAACUGUGUGAGAAGGGUGCCACAGGUGAGACCGGGCCCGUUCUGCAAAAGGCAGGGACUAGUAACUUGAAGAGCAGAAUGUGCCGAGAUUAAAGAAACUAUUUUUUAUAAAUAAAAGGAAAAUGUUAUCACCAAAGAAAAGGCUUUUAUCCAUAGGAGCAAGUAUAUUCUGGCUUUAGCAAGCUGUUAGCUACCCCUGAGAUCAUCUUGUUACAUAUUCACAGCAUUGGAUUAUGGUGGCAAAGCAGUUGAUGAUGAAAUAAAAAUGGUUUAUAAACCUGG